AUACACCGUCACAAAAAAAUAUUAUAGAGUUCCAUUAGGUCGGUAAAAGGUUAAAGUCCUUUCUAAAGUGCAAAGCCAAUACUCAAAGCAACGAUGCCCUUGCGAAUCCAAGAUUGUAUCCUAAACAAUGAUCUCAAGGGCCUCCAAUUGGAAGCAAACGCGAACAACAUCAACCAAUUUGACGAAAAUGGCUCCACACCUCUAUAUUUUGCAUGUAUGAAGCAUUGCGUGGAGAUCGACACCAUCAGAGCACUGCUGAGUCUUGGCGCAUCCGUUGAUCAAAAAGACCAGUAUAAUGAAACUCCUUUAUAUAUAGCAGUUUUUAAUAGGCGCCAUGCGGUCGCUCGUCUUCUGGUGGAUAAAGGUGCCAAUGUGAAUCAAGUAAAUGGUAGUAGAAAGGAGACGGCACUUCACAUAGCCUCUCGUUUUGGCUAUGAAGAGAUCAUUACCUGGUUACUGGAAAAAGAAGCCGACAUCAACGCGCAAGAUGGUGAUUUAGAAACCCCACUAUUCGCUGCAGCUAGGGCCGGUCGGCAUAAUUCCGCAUAUCUCCUGUUGGCGUCGGGUGCCAAUGCAUCACUAAGCAACAAAGAUGGCAAAACACCUCUUUACAUCGCUUCUGAAUUGAAGCAUAAAAAUGUAGUGAUUGUGUUGAAGGCUUCCAAAGCAGAUUUGAAACAGGCUAAAGCGGAGGCGGAUGUUGAACUGAGAAUGCGCCCUCAACGGAUCCCCUCUACGAACGAUAUGCUCAACCGUGCGGCAGUCGACGAAGUAUACCGGGCCGAUGUGCAUCGUCGGUGUUCCGCACCCCCUGAUGUUCCAAACACGACGCCCAUGGUGGUAACGGAAAUCAAGGUGCCCUUGCACAGGCUGAGAACACACGAUCCGUUAACUGGGGAGUCUUACGGACCCUGCCGCAGUCUGGAGGAGGUCGGGUACGAUAAACCUCCACCGAUACCAGCGGAGUUAAGGAACCUUCCCCCACCAGAGCUGCCACGCGUGGGGGGAACGACGAUGGUGGUUGGUACGGGUACAAUGGAGGGCGGACGUGAACCAAUUCGUGUAGAUAAUCUUUUGCAGGAUCAGGUGGUGGAAUACAUAAGUUAUCCAAUAUCCAAGAAUGCGUAA